UAUCAAAAGGGGAGCCAAGGGGGAGGAAGGGAAGCCACGGAUCUCGCGAGGAUGCUUCCAGCGCUCCCUUCUUCCCGAGGCGGGACGUCACGUGAUGCGGCCUCGUCCAAUCGGCUCGCGGGCUGCGGGGGUCGCAGCGGUUCCCGCCAAAUACGAGCGCGGCGGCCGCGGCAGCAGCGGCGCGGGCGGGAGGGCGAGCAGUCGCGGCCGCCGGAGUGGAGCCAGCGUCUCCGCCGCCCGAGGGGAGCUCGAGCCGCCGCCGGGGCGAUGUUGGAACAGCUGGAGUGCGGGGCGCCGGCCCCUAGGGGAGCGGCCGCAGCCAUGGAUUGCAGAGACCGACCAGUCAAGAAGUUAAUACAAGCUCGUCUGCCCUUCAAGCGCCUGACUCUUGCCCCAAAGGAGAAACCAGAGGACGGGUUGGAUGACACAAGAAGCUCUCCGAGCGCUCCUGCACAAAGUCAAGUCCCUGAUGUCGAAACCUCUUUGGACAACUUGAAGAACAGCUUUCAUAUGGGUUCUAACAUAGAUUUUAGGCCAAAAAUUGUCAAUGGGAAGGGUCCCUUAGAUAACUUUUUAAGAAAUAGAGUGAAAACCAAUAUUGGGCAGACCACGGUCAUCAUUGAUUUGGUGGAGGACUCGAGUGACCAACGAGACGCCACGAUGGCCCACAGUGAACUAAAUUCUGCAUCCUCUCCCUCCACGGAGGCUGUAAAUGGGCUCAGAGGAGAAGCUGGAUAUGCAGAGGGGCUGCCACAGGCCAGUCAGAAGGAUGAGCUGACAUUUCCUGGAGAGACCCUUUCAGACAUUCUGUGCAAAACAGAGGACGAUGGUGUUGCCGGCUCGGGGGGCACAGAGAGGAGCAGAGAUGCACAGAAAGGCUCACCCCAAAGCUGCCCCCAGCUGACACACAGUCUGAGAAUGUGCUCCGAGAAGGACCAGGAUGGUUGGAGCGAAGCCGGGGGCAUCCUGUUCAGAGGGAAGGUGCCCGUGGUGGUCUUACAGGAUAUCCUGGCUGCGAAACCUCCUGGAGCCAAGUCUUCUCUCACAGCCCCUCCAGACCAGGGCGUGCUCUCGGAGAGUGACGUGCUGGAGUCCGGCCCCGAAGAAGACUCUGUCCUCAGCCCUUCAUCCCUGAGCUCUUCUCCUACUAGCUCACCCGAGGGGCGGUCUGCUUCCAAAAAGCAGCACAGCAGCCCCUGUCCCUUCCCCACGUCCACACCUGUCCGCAGAAUAACUAAGAAAUUGGUCAAAGCUUCUGCCGAGAAGGACAAGAUGAAACUGCAAAGAGAUAAGGAGCGUUUGGGCAAGCAGCUGAAGUUACGGGCCAAAAAAGAGGAAAAGGAGAAGCUGAAGGAGGAGGCCAGGCGGGCCAAGGAAGAAGCCCGGAAGAAGAAGGAGGAAGAGAAGGAGCUGAAGGAGAAGGAGAGGCGCGAGAAGAGGGAGAAGGACGAAAAGGAGAAGGCAGAGAAGCAGCGGCGCAAGGAGGAGCGGCGCAAGGAGCGCCAGGAGGCCCUGGAGGCUAAGCUGGAGGAGAAGAGGAAAAAGGAAGAGGAGAAACGGUUGAGAGAAGAAGAAAAGCGCAUUAAAGCAGAGAAAGCCGAAAUCACAAGGUUCUUCCAGAAACCAAAGACUCCACAGGCCCCCAAGACCCUGGCCGGCUCCUGCGGGAAGUUUGCCCCUUUUGAAAUUAAAGAGAACAUGGUCCUCGCCCCUCGUUAUCGGACCACCUUCGACCAAGAUCUCUGUGAUCAGUUAGACCAGCUUCUGCAGCAACAGAGUGGCGACUUCUCCUUCCUGAAAGAUCUGAAAGGCCGGCAGCCCCUCAGGUCCGGACCCACUGUGGUUCCUAACCCCAACACGGACAUUUGUAACAGUGACGUGGUGAUCGUGGAGAGCAGCAAAGUAGAUGGCGUUCCUGAAAGGAAGAAGUUUGGCAGGAUGAAGCUCCUGCAGUUCUCUGAGAAUCACCGACCAGCGUACUGGGGGACGUGGAAUAAGAAGACGACGGUCAUUCAUCCAAGGGACCCCUGGGCCCAAGAUAGGAAACUCCUGGACUACGAGGUGGACAGUGAUGACGAGUGGGAAGAGGAGGAGCCUGGAGAGUCUCUGUCCCACAGUGAGGGGGAUGAUGAUGAUGAAGUAGGAGACGAUGAAGACGAGGAUGAUGGUUUUUUCGUGCCCCAUGGGUACCUGUCUGAGGAUGAGGGAGUAACUGAGGAGUGUGCCGACCCCGAGAACCACAAGGUUCGCCAAAAACUGAAGGCCAAGGAGUGGGACGAGUUUUUAGCCAAAGGGAAGAGGUUCCAUGUGCUCCAGCCCGUGAAGAUCGGCUGCGUCUGGGUGACAGAGAAGGACGGCGGUGCCGACCUGAAGGUGCUGCAGCAGUUCACAGCGUGCCUGCUGGAGACGGUCCCCUCCGAGGAGGAGCAGACACCCAAGACCUCCAAGAGAGAGAAGAGGGACCGGCACAUCUUGGCCCAGCUGCUCCCGCUGCUGCACGGGAACGUGAACGGAAGCAAAGUGAUAAUCCGGGAGUUCCAGGAGUGCUGCCGCCAGGGGCUGCUCGGCAGGGACGGCGGCAAUCCCGAGAGCAGCUCCGCCAGCCUGCCGAGCCCCGGGGCUUCCCGCCCACAGACCCCCACCGCUAGCAAGGACACUACCGUCCCCUCCAAGGCCAGGCUCAAGCGGAUCAUUUCCGAGAACUCAGUGUACGAGAAGAGGCCUGAUUUCAGGAUGUGCUGGUACGUCCACCCACACGUGCUGAAGAGCUUUGAGCAGGAGCACCUGCCCGUGCCGUGCCAGUGGAGUUACGUCACCAUGGUGCCCUCGGCCACCAGGGAGGACAGUGGCAGCAUCCCUGCUGCGGGACCUGGCCAGGGGACGCCCGUGUCGCUGAAGAGGAAGUCGGCGGGCAGCAUGUGCAUCACCCAGUACAUGAAGAAGCGCAGGCACGACGGGCAGGUCACAGCGGGGGACCUGGAUGGCUUCCAGGCAGACACGGAGGAGGAGGAAGAGGAAGAUGGCGACUGUGUGAUCAUAGACAUCUCGGACGUUCCGGAGGUCCAGGACACAUGUGAAACCACUUCCGGAGCUGGGGGCCCCGUGGGAAUGGACACCAGCGAGAGCCCUGCGCCCUCCAGCUCGCUCAGCCCCUCCUAAGCCCCACUGGCUGGUGUGUGUAUGUAGAAUGGUUAGAGUUUUCUCAGAUGCCUCUCAGAUACUUGAAAGUCCUACGAUUCCUGUGUAAAGAGCACUUUGUCCUGCUUCGCAUACCCACCCCCCAAGGGUUGGAAAGUAUAUAGGAUGCUUGACUCCUUCAUUUGGAUAUUUGUAAAAAUUUCCCCCCUGAAGCUGCAUAUUAAUCUACCCUUUACUGAAGCAUUAUCGCCAUGUGUGGGCCUGCACGGGGAAGCGGGGUACGCAUACCCUCCGUGCCCUGAGCAGGUGUGUGAUGAAAUGCUUGUAAAUGAAUUGGAGCCCUGCCUGUGUGGCGUGCUGCCGGGACCUGCCGUGGACGUGUAUAAACUUAUUGUCUAGCCCACCUGGUGUGUCUGUCGUCUUUUUCACCACAUCACUUCUGAGCAGGUGUGCGCCUUCCCCCGUGGCCUGACCCGGCGCCGGUGCUCUGCUGUCAGGUGUGCACACCUCGUACCCACACGUGGUAGGUGCUGUGGUGUCGGUGUGAAGCUUGCCGCUUCGCAAAAGCGCUGGCCCAUCUCUUUGACGUCCUGGGCCUCCCAGCUGACCUAGUUCAGGAUGGGGCUUGGCCGGUGCUCGUGCCAGUCAGUCCCUCCUGCCCCUCGGGACGUGAGCAGGGUGUAUUCGGGCCUCCGGGACCUGAAUGCUGCCUUUCAGAUGGACCCCGGGUCGGGCCACACCUCGGCGCCAGCUGCAGGCGCUGGAGCCCUGGCCCCGAGGCCCUGUUGGGGCAGUGCGAGCCCGAGGCAUCUGAGCACAGGCAGGAGGCCUCAGGGAGCUGAGAUUUUGGCCGAGUUCACGGACUCCAUGCAACCUGGACUCCUAUUCUGCUGACCGCUCAGAUCGAAGUGUUUUUGUUCCCACUGCCCCCACGGGAGACGACCAGCAGGCAUGUCAACGUGCACAACAGCUCACAUCUGGAUACAGCCAGCCAGGGCGCCUCAACCGCAUUGCUGUGUGGUGGCCAAGACUCCACCA